ACCUGCAGAGACCUGGAAUCUGCAUGCAGAGAAGCAACAACGCAACAUCUAUCCUGGGUUUUUUUGCUUAUAAAAUACAUAAUAUUUAUUUUAUAAUUAAUUUUUAGAUUGUUUUCACAAGUUAUUACAUUUUCUCUGGCGGAAACUUCACCAAGAACCAUCAUUMUUGCGUUUUUGUUGUGAGCCCGAGCUAGCUUCAGUAUGAACUCCCUCGUUAGCUACGGAAUGUCUUCUGACAGCGAAGAAGAGGUGGAGGAUGUAAACAUUAGACACACWAGCUCACUUGUGGACGAUGGCGCCGCUAAAAAGACCCGCAACUUUUUACUGGAGUCCGGUUCAGCGUCAAGUGAUUCCGAGCCAGAGGACCCAGAGCCUUCAUCAACACCAUCUUCUGUGUCCUGUCAGUCUACCCUUCCUGCGCCAUCUGUAGGCUCUCCUACAGCUAAUAAGUUGCCGUCUCCAUCUCUAAAUGCCUCCGCUGACAGCAGCGUCUUUGCCAACCCUUUCAGGGCUCAGGCAGAACAGAAACUCAGUGCCCUGCAGAAACACGUCCCCCUCACAAUGCAGGCCAAACCCUCCCAGAUAGGGGGCAAAAGGGUCUGUGUUUCCUACAGGAAGGAUGGGCGGUGCAGGUUUGGCAUCAAAUGCAAAUUUGCUCACGACAGUGACCUCCAGACCCCAGGUGUUCCCGCUGACUGUCAUCCAGAUGUGACCGUGGAAACACCAGCAUCAGCUCCUGCCGUGGGUGGAGGAUCCCGCAGCCUCCAGCUGGACGACAAAGAGUCAGAGCAGCAGCAAACAAAGAAGAGGAGGGUCGGACUGAGUAACUCCUUGAUUCCACCCAAAAGAACGCUGAAGCAGUACGCUCUGCAAAGGGAACAGGAGAGGAUCAAUAUGUCCUGAUGAAAGAUUUCAAAUUAGAGACAAAAAAAAAAAACUUUUCUGAAAAUAGAGAUGUGUAUUUUAUAGAUUACUAUACUUGAUUGUGUACAAAGAUCUGGACCARCCAAAUUACUUAUAUUUGCAUCAUAUUUCCCAGAUGGUUUGCUUCAAGAUUACAGACAUUAACCCCUUCAGACCUGAUUUGUUUCUGUUAGUUAAAUAAAUUGUAUUCAGCAGAUUUGUACUUCUAUUUCCUAUAGAAACAAAAGGAAAAAACAUUUUUGUCAUUUCUUUUUUAUUAUUUUUCUAUGUCCCUUACAGUGGAUGCCACGACUAAACGAGAGUCAUGUCAUGAAUUCUUAGGGUUAAAAAAGGCAUUUUUUAAAAUACUUAAUUUAUCCAAUUCCUAAUUAGGUAUGAUCUUAGCAGAUAUYAUUGUGGAUAAUAAAACUAAGUAAUUACUUUUGCCUUCAGCAAUCCAAAAUGGAACUUAUAAAUGCAUGGUCAUACAUUUUAAUAGUAAACUAACCAAAUACCUACUGAUUAUACAAUAAGCAAAACAAUUGGCAAAAUAUCAGCUUAGUGGCUAUUUUCAGGUUGUCACUGAUUCUCUGGUACAUAUUGUUUGAAAUAUUCAUAUGAACUCAUCCUAAAUUGGAGGAUUCUCCAAUGAAAGAUCAAUGUUUGUUGUGAAUUAUGCUUCCUGGUUACUGACAUGUCAUAACCAUCUUCCCUUCUUACUGUCAUCUCUUGAUCCUCUGCCACUGCACCAUCUUCUGUCUCACCUCAAUUGCCAUCUCAUGUUCUCCUGGUAUGCAAGGACCUCUCCAUUGUCUCACAUCCAUUCAAUAACAAGUAUAUUUUUGACUUUUUUUUAGAUUCUUGCACUUAAACUUGUGCAUUUGUUGCAAUUUGGAGCUUAUAUACAGAGAAUAAAACAGAUAAAAACCUUG